GCGACCCUCGCUGAGCCGAGAGACCCUCCACCUUGGACUUCGGACGGCGCGUGUUGGGGCCUCACCGGCAGCAUCCCUUUCCACCCCGAGAGAGGCGCCGGCCCCCGAGGGGGGCUCUCUCAGGCAGCCCGUCACCCCUGCAUGGCUGCAACCCUGCGCGCGUGGAGCCGUCGCCGCUGAGACCUGGCUGACCCGGGACCCUGCCACGGAGUGUGCCACACCGCAGGCCCCCAGCUCAGCCAUGCUGGCCUGUCUGCAGAGGACCCAGAACCCACCAGGCCAGCACCUGGCCUGCCCGAGCAAGAGCCUGGAGCUGCGCAAGUGCGAGACGGUGGCCAGCUCCAUGCAUUCCUCCCGCUACCCGAGCCCGGCCGAGCUGGACGCCUACGCUGAGAAGGUGGCCAACAGCCCGCUGUCGAUCAAGAUCUUCCCCACCACCGUCCGGGUGCCCCAGCACAAGCACCUCAGCCGCACCGUCAAUGGCUACGACACCUGCAGCCAGCGCUACAGCCCCUACCCGCCGCACGCCCCCGGCUACCAGGGCCUGCUGGCCAUCGUCAAGGCCGCCGUGUCCUCCUCGGGCGUGGCCGCGCCCCCCGGGCCCGCCAAAGGCGUGCUCAAGAGCGCCGAGGGCAAGCGGACCAAGCUGUCGCCAGCCGCCGUGCAGGUGGGCAUCGCGCCCUACCCGGCGCCCAGCACUCUGGGGCCCCUGGCCUACCCCAACCUGCCCGGCCGCGGCCUGGCCCUGCCACCUUCCAACCUGCCCUCCAUCCACAGCAUCCUCUACCAGCUCAACCAGCAGUGCCAGGCCCCGGGCGCUGCACCCGCUGCCUGCCAGGGCGUGGCUGUGCCCCACCCCAGCCCAGCCAAGCACGGCCCCGUGCCCAGCUUCCCCAGCAUGGCCUACUCGGCCGCCGCCGGCCUGCCCGACUGCCGAAAGGGCGCCGAGCUGGGCCAGGGAAGCACGGCGGCCUUGACGUUGGCUGGAGCCACCAAGCCUGCAGGGUACGUGGAUGGCAGCCUGGAUUACCUGCUGUGGCCACAGAAGCCACCCCCCCCACCACCCCAGCCACUGCGGGCCUAUAGCGGUGGCACAGUGGCCAGCAAAUCCCCAGAGGCUUGUGGGGGGCGGGCUUACGAGCGGGCCAGCGGGUCACCCCUCAACUGCGGCGUGGGGCUGCCCGCCAGCUUCACUGUGGGCCAGUACUUUGCUGCGCCCUGGAACAGCGUGCUGGUGACUCCCACGAGUGACUGCUACAACCCAGCGGCCGUGGCGGUCACCGAGCUGGGGCCCGGGGUGGCUCGGGAGCUGACCGGGCCCCCGGCCGAGGCCCUCUCCGGCCUGCCGAGCAAGAGCGUAUGCAACACGGCGGUGCUGAGCAGCAGCCUGCAGUCGCUGGAGUAUCUCAUCAACGACAUCCGGCCGCCCUGCAUCAAGGAGCAAAUGCUAGGCAAGGGCUACGAGACGGUGGCCGUGCCCCGGCUGCUCGACCACCAGCACGCCCACAUCCGCCUUCCCGUCUACAGAUAAGGCCUGCCUUGUGGCCUCACGGACAGAGGGACAGGGCGCCAGGUGGGAGGCAGGCCGAAGGACAGCGGUCGGCGCGCAGGGGCCCACGGGUGCGCACAGGGAAGCUAGGCUGGCUGCUGCCAUGAGGUUCAGCAGGGUGACCUUGCCCACCAAGGCCCCUCCCCUGCGUCAGCUGCCCCAGGACGUGGGGAGGGCCCCUGAGCAGCUGCGGGCAUCCAGGCCUUCCCCCAUCCACACUGGCAGAGGUAGGGAGGCAGAAACCACUUCAAAACAGGAGUGGUUCCUUCUGGCUCCCCUGGGAGAGGCGCUCAGGCCAGGGUGGGAGGCAGGAAGAAAUGUGAUGGCUUCGAAUCAGGGUGGGGUCCAAGCAGCCCCCAGGGGUCUGAUAGCUUCUCCCCCACAAGCUCCCCAGUCACCUGGAAAAGGGAGUCACUGGUCCCACAGUGUCCCCCACUGGCCAGUCCGGGGGAAUGCCACUGUAACAGAGGCUCCAGGUACUACAGACCCUCCUUCCCCUCCCCACAUUCCUUCCCAGCACAGAAAAAUCGCACCCCUAUCCCAUUCUCCAAACCCUGGACCCCCACCUUCCCCUCUCCCCAGUACAUCUCACAGGGCUGCUGGGCACAGCUGUCUGGCUGUGCACCGCACAAGGGCACCUCAUCUAAGGAGACACUGGCACCCAGGCUUGUAUAUUUAUUACGGCAAUUUUCCGAUGCUUGAGGAAGGGGUGCCAUUUCCCUAUUCGCACAAAGGUGCCACGGGGUUAGCAGUGGGCCUGCCGUCCUAGACCCCGUCAGAGGAACCCUACCUCCCCGCCUUCGGGGGUUCCUUCCUUGGAGCCAGCGAGGGGGUAACCCACUGGUUCUAACUGGGAGACGCAAUGCAACUCCUUUCCUGCCAGCCGCCCUCCAAGGCCUGCCCCACACCAUCCAGGGGUGAGGGGAGGCCGGCGGGGUCCCCCCAUGAAGUCCCCGAGGCCCGAGCUCCCCCGGUCCUGGCCCUCCUGGCACUCCGGAAGCCGUACUGUAUCUCUCUCCAAGGCCUGUUCAAGCACUAAGUGCAUUUACAAAUCUCUGAGAAUGUUUUUUUUUUAUACUAAAAUUGACCAUUAUAUUCUACUGUGAGAAGUGCAGUCUGCACUAUAUUGUUUUAAAAACGAAGAGAAAGAAAAAAAACGGAAAACUCA